AUGGCUCGUGCAACGCUUACCGAGCUUUUACCUUCCAUAUCAUUACCGGAAAUGGCUACGGCCACAUAUCCGGCAGACACAACUGAUCCCGAUGAUCAUGUUGAUAACGACAGUGAUCUGUUGUACUUGUACGACCGGAUUACCGGUUCAGAACAGUCACCGGUAUUUGUCGCCGCUGAUCUGAAUAUCUUACCGCUUCAGCUAAUUACCGACAAGGAUGAUUCGAAAAGUGAGCUGUUGCGAGAAAUCCGCCAACUGAAACGGUUUAUCCAGGAUGCUCUCAACGGACGCGUUGAUGAACCAUCAAUAAACCAAGCUGAUAGUGGUGUACAAACAAUAUGUGAGAGACAGCCAGAUUGUGACCUUCAUGAUCAAUCAUCAUCUGGUUAUUGUUUAACAUCACCAAAAUCAAGCUUCAAAUCAGCCACCAAUGCCUCUACAUCAUCACCAGAAUUACCAGCAUCAACAAGUUCAAUAAGUAGUACACCAUGUUCAUCAUUAAUUCCAACAACGAUGGCAUCACCUGCUUCACCUUAUCCGGAAAAUAAUCAAAGUAUUAUUGGUUUAAAUAAUAGUAUGCUUGAUAGUACACUUGCAUUAAAUGAUAAUGGUAGCCUAAGCAAUGGUGGUAGUAAUCAGGAUAGUACUAGUACGACCACUACCAUAGCUAGCACCACCAAUAAUUAUAAUCGACGUAAACGUGAUGGUAGUGGUAAUCGUCUUGAUGCUAUGAUUCGUAAAUUAGCUAGUCGUCAAAAAGAAAAAGAAGCUGCUGCAGCUGCAAUAUUAGCUAAUGGAUCAUCUGGUAUAUCCAUGUGUUCCGGAUUAAUCACAUCAACAAUCUCAUCAUCAUCAUCAUCAUCUUGCUCAUCAUCAUCAUCAUCAUCAUUAUUACCAUUAUCAUCAUCAUUAUCAUCAUCCAUUACCAUUACUACUACUACUGCAAGCUUAGUAGUACCACCGGAACAAUUAACACCACCGGCUAAGGCUAUUUGGCAUACACAAAUGAUUGAUCCGGUUGCAUAUGUCAGUAUGCUUCGUACAAUGUCCGGUGCUGCUGCUGCAGCGGCGGCGGUAACUGCUAUUUCGUCACCCUCAUCAAUCUUUCCAUCAAUCAACAAAACGAUGCAAAAUGAUCAUCGUUCCAAGAACGAUUCCGUAACGGAAUUUGGUGAUAGUUUAGAAGAUGGAAGUAUUGAAUUGGCUGAAAAGAAUUCAAAUGAAUCAAGUCCUUCACCAAGCGAUUCAUCCAAUAAUGUAGAUGAUACCACGUAUACUGCUGCUGAUCUCGCAGAGAAACCAUUCACAUGUGAACAUACCAGUUGUCAUAAGCGAUUUGCAAAUAAAUUUUUAUUGAAGAAGCAUCAAUUUAUACAUACCGGAUUACGGCCUCAUUGUUGUCCAUUCUGUGGCAAAAGGUUCAACAGAAAAGAUAAUUUAUUACGCCAUAAGAAAACACAUAUUGCUAAUGCUUUGGGUACGGACAUAACAAGCGCAUUAAGCAGCGAUGAUUUUUUGCUACGCUUGGGCGCUGAUAAACCAACAAUUAAGCUUGACAAUGAGCAAGAAGAGGAGAGCGAAAUUUGA